AUGGGAAAACAGAUGUCCUUGAAUGGAGCUGCAAAAUACAAUGGAGUAAACAAAAAAUCGCUUCUUCAACGGGUGUCUGGUGAGAUUCCACUUAACGCUCACGUUGGAAAAAACACUGUCCUUUCACCUCCUCAAGAGAACGAGCUGGCAGAAUCCAUCAAGCUAAUGGCAGACUGGGGCUAUGGCUUCACCAGUGAAGAAGUCAAGGACAUUGUUCAACAAUUUGUGCAGGCAUGGGGGCUGGAAACCCCAUUUAAGGACUGUCGCCCUGGGUAUGACUGGAUGGAAGGCUUCAAAAAACGUCAUCCAGAUAUCGUCCCGAGAAAGACGGAGCACCUCAGUAAAUGUCGAGAACAGACUGAAGAUCCAGAAGUGGUGGAAAGGUGGUUUAAGCUUCUAGAUGAAGUGCUUACAGAACAGGGGGUGAAGGACAUACCAGCGCAGAUAUUCAAUAGUGACGAGUCUGGCUUCGUCACUGAUCCUAAGUCAGGAGUCGUAUUGGCUCGGAAAGGAAGCAAAAGAGUCAACCAGAGCAUUGGGGGGGGGGGGUCUGGCAAAGACCAGAUCACGGUCAACUGUUGUGCCUCAGCUACUGGGAAGCUGCCACCUCCGUAUGUGGUUUACAACAGCAAAAAUUUGUACAAGGACUGGAUAACAGACGGGCCCAAGGAUACAGCAUAUGUUUCCAGCACCAACGGUUGGAUGGAAGGAGCUCUGUAUCUUGACUGGUUCGAGACGAUCUUUUUAAAACAUACAGAGGAUGUUAAGGACAAGCCAAGGGUGCUCAUUUUCGAUGGCCACGCCUCCCACCUUUCUCUGGCCCUCAUUAAGAAAGCAAGAGACAACAAUGUCGUGCUCCUUCGCCUUCCAGCCCACCUGACCCAUAUCCUUCAGCCGCUAGAUCGUGCAGUCUUCCGUCCAGUAAAAAUCAAAUGGCAAUCCAUGCUGUUGAAGUUUGCUAGGACUCACAAUGGACCUGUGGGAAAGAGGCAGUUUCCAAAAAUGCUUAAACAGCCGGUGGAGGAGUCCUUCAGGCCACAUACAGUCUUGGCAGGAUUUUCUUCAACUGGUAUCUACCCUUUCAACGACCAGGCUGUUGAAAUAGAAGCAAGACCCCAGUCGCCUCAGCCUUCUGUACCAACACCUUCUCAAACUUCACCUUUGCCAGUACUCUCUCCUACUCCUGGGCCAGCAUCGACAGCACCCUCACCUACUCCUGGGCCAGCAUCGACAGCACCCUCACCUGGGUCCUCUUCGUCUGAAACCCCUACUGUGCUCUCAUCUCCAGCACCCUCCUCAUCACAUUUUUCUCCUCCAGCAUCUCCAGGGGCUGCUACAUCUUCGUCUAACCUCUCUGUGAAAGAUUUCUUUCUAAAACAACUGACUCCCCAGGUUCAAUCUUCAGCUUGA